ACAAAAGUGUUUUGAGCUGCAGUUCAGAAGGACGACACGCAGAUAAAAAUCACACACAUCCACACAACGAGGACACAAAGACGCUUCACUGCAGAGACUCUGGUCAGCCGUCUGAGGAUGAGGAUGAAGAGCAUGCCGCUUUAUGUUCCCGUGGUGUUGGCGGUGAUGUCAGCAUUGACCAUCACAGCAACAACAACUCGAAGAACAACGACAUGGCCAACUACAGGAACACCUGGAAUGAGUUUAGACGGGAAGAUGUUCACUUUGUCUUCUUAUAGAGGAGGAAUAUCCUUCUAUUCACCCUAUUAUAGUCCUACAUCUCCCACCUGGCCAACCUUUACCAGCAACCGACCAUGGAUCGGAAACCAACGCUGGAUCAGAUACCAACUGUGGACCACCCCCAAACCCACCACCCCCAGACCCACGACCACCACCACCAAAGCAACGACCACCACCACCAAAGCAACGACCACCACCAGACCCUGGACCACCACCAGACCCUGGACCACCACCAGACCCUGGACCACCACCAGACCCUGGACCACACCACAUGCAACUAGAGGUGUGUCUGUGUGUGUGCGUUACAUGGCCGACUACCUUCCCUCACUCUUCACACUCAGUCCAUCCAGCAGAGACCCUCUGACGCUGACAGCCUCAGAUGGGACGUAUGAACUGCGCAUUGGAAGAUACAGUUCAGACAGCACCUACCUUCGACCUAACUUAAAGUUCUGGUCAAACAUUGGACCGGACAUCUGGACCAGAGUCUGCCUCACUGUGGACUCCAUGGAGAAUGUGGCCCAGAUGUUUAGUGGCUCGGACAUCAGCGUCAGGAAGAUUCUGCCUAUUCAGUAUUACUGGUCAGGUGAGCCUGUGAUAGAUUUUUCAGGUUUUGACGGUCAAUUGACAGACGUCCAGAUUUGGGAUUAUCCUCUCCGCUACAAAGAAGUCUUCAACUACAUGACCAGCGGCGUCUACGCGCCGUACCGUGGCUCCGCCCUCUCCUGGUCCUACAUCAGCUACUCCCCCAGAGGAAAAACACUAUUGGAGGACACCUACGAGUUUAAGGCGAAACAGCCAAUCGGCAGAAGCGGAGGGAGGAAAGGGCGUCGACCAAAGGGAGGGAAGAAGACGUGGGAGUUUUCCAACGUGGGGGAGAGUAAGAGAGAACAGUUUUAAACGAAAACACAACACGUGUACGAAAAAAGCUGUGUCCUCUGUUCUUCAUCUGAUAAUGAAGAAUUCACUAUAAUCAAUCAAGCAACUAUUAAUCAUAAAUGAAAUCCAAACAACUACUGAUUUCUAUUAAAGUACGUGAUGACAUAAUUACGACAAACUCGUCUCAGUAACUGAGUAAAACCCUGUAUGAUUAACGUUUAAAUUUGAACUGACGUUUGACCUUAUAUUCUCGUUUAACAUGAAUUUGCUUCCUUGAUUUUUUUUUAUGUUAUUAUAAAACAAUAAAUAAAAGGCUGACACAAAAUUGUUAAUGAUUUAACUUUUCUCUACGUCACUCCUCUGCAUUCGAAAUAUGGUAACUCACGGUUCAGAGGUUUAAAAAAAACAAGAAUGCGAGUGCCAAAAUCCAAGACGGCGACGGCAAAAUCGCAGAACUCAAGGCUUCAAAACAUCGGUCCACAAACCAAUGGGUGACGUCACGACGACUAUGUCCACUUCUCAUAUACAAUCUAUUGUUUCUCCUCUCGCCAAAUCAAUAUUCUCCCAAACUGUAGGGGGGAGUGCAUCAAAAACUCAUGUUCGAAAAUGAAGAUCGGCGAGCAUAGGCGAACAUGUGGAAAUAAAAACAGCAGAGGGGCGUGUCUAACGAAGCAACGUCACUUUCGUCGUGCUGACACUGAUAACCAUUGCGGGUGUGUUAAGCAAUAAAUCAGGCAUUAAGCGGCACAAACUUGUUGUUAAAAAAGCGUGAAUAUCUCUGGCCGUGGUAUCGCUUUUGGCUGAAAUAAAUCUGAAAAAAAGAGAUUUAUCUCAGAAGACAAACAGAGAAACUAGUUGUUGAACAUAUUGGAGCAAUUAGCAGCUGAAGAAACAGCUUUUUGCCUUCGCAGUUGGUGGAGAUCAAAAAUGGAGCUAAAACAGAGAGAGGAUAUUGGACUCACAUUCAUCAGGUGGACUCAAACAUUUUCUACGAAUGAACAAAAAUGUAGCUUCUGUGUGUAAAUUAAACAACUGCUGUAUAGAAGUUCACCAAAUCCACUUAAAAGGUGAUGAAAUGUCAAAGUGUUCAACAGAAAAAU